UCUUGAAUUCCAUACUUCCUCAAUUCAGAGCCGUUUUCACUAUCUGGUUAAAGGCUAACUUAAUUGGGCAAUGUAUGUUGUGUGUGGAUGAUGAUUAAACUUUCCUGCCACGACUUUUUCGUUGAAAGGGUAUAUUUAUGUACUUUUAAUUGAAUCGUGUAUAUCAUUCUAUUAAAUUAAAUUUGAUAACUUUUGCUAGUACAUCAUUAAAGUAUCAAUAUUAAAUUCUUUUUUAAAAAUAUUUGAUUUGUUGCCAAAAAUGCAUCCGUAUGAACUCAAAUCAACCUUUUUUCACUCUUGUUAGUUAAAAUGGUUUUUCUCAGUACGAAUUUGUAAUUAAAAUUAACUGUCAAGAACGUGCUCUCUAGUUUGCGUAAUCUUAUGAAUAUCUUAAUGAAUGCGGUCCAUCGGCGAUUGAUAAAAAAUGUUAUCAAUUGGCAACAAAACAGUUAAAUUUUUAAACUUCCAACCGGACUUGCGAUUUGUUUGAACUUCUCAAUUCCGAUUGGAUUGCAAAACAUCUAUUUCUUUCGGAACAUUCUUGAGUUAAAUCAUGAGGAAAUCGUUAUUUAUGAAAAGUGUGGCAGCACUAUUUCGUUUCCAAUUCCGCUGUUGGCAAUACCAUUUGCUGUUUGACUAAUAAUUUGACUUCUCACUAUAAGAAUAUCACGUUGCCUGUGAAAUUUUCAAAUAUUUGUGAAAUUUAGUCAAAAAAUAUGUGUUUAUUAAAGUUUUAUAAUAUUAUUACAUUUUAAAUGAUUAAAUUUACCCUUAGAAGAUUUUGUCGAGUGUUUAUUGAUUGUGCUUAGUAGAGUACAUGUUAACGCGCGGCCCUAAAACCAUAUUAGCUUUUGAAACCCGAGAACUGGUUUGUUAGUACUACUUGGUACCGUCAUGGACAGAAAUGGAGUAAUGGAUAGACGCUUCAGUUUAAAUAUGACUCAACUGCCUAAUCCAAUUGCAGAGUCGACAUGUCUAAAUAUUAAUGGCACUAGCGUUAGCGUAGGCGGUGGUAAUAAAAGUGAUGAGAGUCGAUUUCGUUGGGGUGGCACUCCCAUUAGCCCGAAACAUCGUAGCAAUUCAAGUAUUUGCUUAAACGCAAUUUCAAUGCAUAAAAACAAAACUACAGCUAAUAGUCCACAACGUAGCCGAAUGGACCUGAGCAAAAUAGAUCCACGAACAUAUGCAGAUGUGCGAAGUCGUGGAUUAGUGUCUAGAAUAGUACAAUAUCAUGAAAAUGGUGCCCGUCUAAACCGCAGCAUGUCCGCGGGAAACCUAUAUAACAAAUCUGGACAAUCUUCUCUUACACAACUUCAAAAAAGUGAUUUACCCUAUCGCGCUACACAGCAAAACGUUUCCAUGACUAGAAUGGCGCCAACAAAAAAACCUACGUUUUAUGGCAACACCCUAUCAAGUUUACUGCGAUCUAAUUCUGUAAUUAGCGUACAAAAGAGCGAUGAGGAAAUAUCUUGCGAGAAUCGUCCCAUAUUACACCCACCUCCAACGGAAAAUGACUUGGCGCCAACUCGAAGUGUACUCGAUGUUCUAAAAGAAAUAUCACGCAAACGUAUAAAUAGUGAUGAUUCGGAGCCUAUUCACGAUGCAAACAAAAAAUACUGUAGUCGAGAUUGCAGCGAUGCACCCUACGAUCCAUCAGCUGCACCUAUGGCUACUCGCAACAUGGGAAUACAUGGUAUGGUUCCACCAAUGGCGUCACCAGUACAAAGUUAUAAAAGACAACGUGAGCAUAUAUUGCCGCCACAGCAAUAUCCCAUAAACUACUCUCAGAAUAUGAACAGUGUUUCCGGUGCAACCAAUUAUCCAACUGCACGUCCACCACUACAAGCUCAAUAUUCGCCCGAACAAAUUGCAAAGAAGCGCCUUUGUAGUUACAACAAUGAUAUAACCAGUUCUCUAAGUUCCAGCCUCAUACAUGCAAACAAAAGGAAGUUCUACGAGCAGCAACAACGUUCAACUAUUCAACGUUCCCCAACGAAUGCAACUGAAGAUUAUGAAACGCAAAAAUCUAAGAUACAUCGUCAACAAUCGGAUCUACGUUUCCAGCAAAUGCAACAUAGUUUGAGUUGUAAUAGCCCAAUAACUCCAAUACCGGCGACACCUUUAUCGCAAAAUAAUAAUAUGCCGCCUGUUCCAAGUAGCACACAGAACGCAACUGAAGAAAUUGUUGAUAUCACAACUUCGGCAAAACGCAGCGACUUGGAGACUGGAAAAUAUACCAUAAAACCUAAAGUAACGCUUUUUAAUCGCAACUAUAAUGAAUCGACAAGCUUGAAUAACGUCAAUGACAAUAAUAAAACAGUUUUGAAGAAUUCAGUCGACCAAGAUUACGGCGAAUGCGCAGAUAUUCAAUUUGUGAAACCGAAGAAAAGUUCUGCCAUAGUCAAUAAAAAAAAUCCUCUAAUUGAACGUACACAGAAAUCCAAAUUAGCAAUGAUGCUUAGUGGUUUACGUGGUGAAAUUUAUCAAGGUGAAAAUGGCGACGAUGAGGUGGAUAAAAGUUCAGAUAAAGACUCAGGUAAAACUACAACACAAAUCACCGUUCUUACAGCUACAGAUAAACAAACUAGCAAAGUAGUCUCAACAUCCGCUUCAACAGCAACCACAAUCACAACAACCACGCCGGCUAGUUUUGCUAUGAAAAUGCCAGAUAAGUCGGUGACUUCAACUACAUCUGAUCCACGUCAAGUUUUGUCGAAAUCGGAUAACACCUCCGCGGUCACAUCAAUUUCCGUGGCAGCAACAUCAAAUAGCUCAAUGCCAGGAUCCUCGACCACAUCAACAGUAACAACAAUGUCUUCUCCUUUGAGUGGUUUUAAAUUGACGGCAUCUACAGCCAACACCUCAAUCACAACAAACACAACUACAUCAAAAAUACCAGUAGUUACACCGGCUAAGUCAACAUCUCCCUUAGUCGGUUUGAAAUUAACACCGCAGAAGCCGGAAAUUAACUUUGGAAUGACUGGAAACUCAACUGCGCCAACUUUCAAUUUUAGUGCUAUCACUACCACAUCGGCUCCAGCUAUCGAUUCUAAAGCGGUUACAAGUACGACAUCAGCUCUGCCUCAGCUUCACGGCUUUUCCUUCAACACAACCACAAAAAGCAGUACUUCGCCUCCAGCUUCAACAAAUACAAGCUUAACAACGGCUGCACAGCCAACCACCACAGAACGUGUAGGCGGAUUUAAGUUUGGAAUAAAUCAGCAAUCGGGGGUAUCAUUGGCGGCGACAACAGCAGCAGCAACGUCUUCAUUUGGUGGGUUUGCAAACUCUACUACACCUACAUCCAAUUCCAAGAGUUCAGAAACAUUAAAACCAUUAUUGGCCUUCGGUUCGAAUCCACCUAGCACAACGGCAGCAGUUUUGAAACCAACUGUCAACUUUGGCAGCAGUACCACAACUACAACCGCAAGUGGGUUUAACGCUGUCACGUCUGGAGCAUUCAUUUUCGCGGGCGUUACAAAUAAUUCACCAAAACCAUCGGUUCCAUUGACGGAUACUCAAGUAACCGCAUCUACAGCACAGUCCGCUAAUACAUUCGGCAGUAUCGUAACGAGCAGUGAACUUACUAUGCCGACUCUCGGAUCUGCCCCUAAUAUAACUCUAAGCAACUCCUCGUUGGCGGCGAAGCCUUCUUUUUCUUUUGGUGGUUCUGCGGUAGCUACCAGCAAUGCUGGAGCUCCGAUAUCCACCAAUUUGUUCGCUUUUGGUGGCCAAAAAUCAACUGCUACUACUAUCACUACAACAACUUCUACAGUGGUAGCUCCUUUCAGUUUUGGUUCCACUACACAGACACCUGUGGCUGUUCCUUCAACCGCAGCAACACAAAACGCUACUGCUAAUAACGCGAUUUUCAGUUUCGGUGGUGAUAAUAAAGGUGCAGCAAAAUCGCUGGAAGGCGCGUCGAGUACAAGUACUGCGGGCGGAAAUCUAUUUUCAUUUGGUGGGGUACCGGCAAACAACGACAACAAGCUGUUUGGCAACACUUUGGCUCCUUCCAACAAUACGCAAACAAUUGCACCUACUCCCGUUCAGUCAAACACAUUUACAUUUGGAUCGGUCACUGGCCAAGGUACGGUUCCUGCAUUUGGAGGAAUGAGUGCGGCGCCUUCAGCACCUGGAUUCGGAGCUCCUACCACGACCUCGGUAACGCCUUUUGCAUUUGGUGGAGGCACCAACAUGACCAACCUUAUGGCAGCACCUACUGUAGCACCGGCAAGCAACACAACCUCCGGGGGAUUUAAUUUUGGCACCGCCGCUACUGGUACCGUUCCUGUUAACAACGCAACAUCUACUAACAUAUUUGGUGCAGCAGCAGCUUCGAUUCCUAAUAACGCAGCAUCAAGCAUGUCCAAGCCUGCAUUUAACUUUGGUGGCACCUCCUCGGAUACUGCGAAAUCUAUAUUCGGUGGCUCUGGUACAACAAGCGCAACUAACAACUCAAGUAGCAGCAGUGCAUUUGGUGCGCUUUCAAACGCUGCCAACAAUCAAACCACAAAAACAUUCAGCUUUGGCGGCAAUACAAAUAGCUCAAGCAUCAACACUACAUCAAAUUCGUUCGGUGCCACUACCAACAAGCCAUCAACCACCGGAUUUUCAUUUGCUUCUGGAGCAAUGGGCAAUAAACCAACGGCCACAGUGGGUGCGCAGUCAUCUAGCUCAACGCCAUUUGCAUUCGGUGGUUCAGCAAACACAAAUCAAUCUGCGUCCUCUACCGCUACCCCGUUUGGUUUUGGCGGUAGUACCAGCGGUGCGCCAGCCAAUAAAACGUUCUCAUUCGGUAGCAACAGUAACGUUACAGCAGUACAGACUCCAAAUCCAAACAGCAUAUUUGGUGGCGGAUUACAAAAUGCGACCAACGCACAGCAAGGCACUGCAGCUCCCUUCAAUUUCUCAGCCGGUGCAACAGCAACGUUAACAGCGUCGUCUUCUACUGCAAAUAUUUUCGCUUCACCUACACCGGCAAAUGGAGUUGGCGGUGGUGCAGCCACAGAUCGUCCAAUACGACGCGCCACACGCCGUCUACAGAAAACCUAAUAUAUAUAACAAUAUUGACUUGGCAAAUGCUAAAGAUGUGUUAACGCAUUCUAUGACUAAAUUAAAAAAAUUUUAUAUCAAUAAAUUUAUUUAAAUAUUUGAAUAAUACUCGAACAUGCAUACAUACGUAUAUACAGUUUUCUGCAAAUAUGUGUUAUUACUGCGGCAAAUAGGAUAAAAGUAAAAAGAGGUCAUCUGUUUGAUUCAUGGCUACUAAAACAAAAUAAAUCAUAAUAAAUUUGUCUAAAAGAUCGACAUACAAAGAUACAAAA